CGCUGGAUCUGCGCGUUCCUCUUGGCAGAGCGGCGUCACCGGCGUGGGUCGAAGCGGUGAAACGAGGCGCAGAAACGGAUUCAUUCUGAGACAACAACGACUUCAUCAGCUGAUUCAGGAUGGACUCGUCUUUGAGCGCAGCUCAGAUCCGUCAGAAGUUUAUCGACUUCUUCAUUAGAUAUGAGCACCAGUACGUCCACUCCUCGUCCACUGUCCCGCUGGACGACCCCACGCUGCUGUUCGCCAACGCCGGCAUGAACCAGUUCAAGCCCAUCUUCCUGAACACCAUCGACCCGUCCCACCCCAUGGCCAAGCUGCGGCGUGCGGCCAACACUCAGAAAUGCAUCCGAGCAGGAGGGAAACACAACGACCUGGACGACGUGGGCAAAGACGUUUAUCACCACACCUUCUUUGAGAUGCUCGGGUCCUGGUCCUUCGGAGACUAUUUCAAGCACCUGGCCUGUAAGAUGGCUCUGGAGCUGCUGACGCAGGAGUUUGGCAUUUCCAUCGAUCGACUGUAUGUCACCUACUUUGGAGGAAACCCUGAAGCGGGUCUGGAACCGGACCUGGAGUGCAAACAGAUCUGGAUGGACCUCGGGGUGGACGAGGUCCGCAUCCUGCCGGGGAGCAUGAAGGACAACUUCUGGGAGAUGGGGGACACCGGUCCCUGCGGCCCCUGCAGUGAGAUCCACUACGAUCGGAUCGGAGGGAGGGACGCCUCUCACCUGGUGAACAUGGACGAUCCCAACGUGCUGGAGAUCUGGAACCUGGUCUUCAUCCAGUUCAACAGAGAGUCGGAGACGGAGCUGAAGCCUCUGCCUAAGAAGAGCAUCGACACGGGGAUGGGUCUGGAGCGCCUGGUGUCCGUCCUCCAGAACAAGAUGUCCAACUAUGACACGGACCUGUUCCAGCCCUACUUCCAGGCCAUUCAGAAGGGUACAGGAGCUCGGUCCUACACGGGGAAAGUGGGUCCUGAUGACGUGGACGGGAUCGACAUGGCCUACAGAGUCCUGGCCGACCACGCCCGCACCAUCACCAUCGCCCUGUCGGACGGCGGCCGGCCCGACAACACAGGAAGAGGCUACGUGCUGAGGAGGAUUCUGCGGCGUGCCGUUCGUUACUCACAUGAGAAGCUUGGAGCUCAGAGAGGUUUCUUCUCCUCUCUGGUGGAUGUUGUGGUCCACUCACUGGGAGACGCCUUCCCAGAGCUGAAGAAAGACCCGGACAUGGUGAAGGACAUCAUCAAUGACGAGGAGGCGCAGUUCCUCAAGACCCUCAGCAGGGGGCGCCGCAUCCUGGACAGGAAGAUCCUGAGUCUGGGAGAGUGCAGGACUAUACCAGGCGACACGGCCUGGCUGCUGUACGACACCUACGGCUUCCCUCUGGACCUGACCUCGCUCAUUGCUGAGGAGAAGGGCUUGGAGGUGGACCUGGCUGCCUUCGAGGAGGAGAAGAAAGCUGCUCAGUUCUCGGUGAAGAACACACAGGUCCGAGGAGGCUACGUUCUGCACGUGGGUACGGUUUACGGGACCCUGAAGGUGGGAGACAGGGUGACUCUGCACGUAGACGAGGCUCGGCGCCGGCCCAUCAUGAACAACCACACCGCCACUCACAUCCUGAACUUCGCCCUGCGGGGGGUUCUGGGCGAGGCGGACCAGAGGGGGUCCCUGGUCGCCCCCGACCGUCUGCGCUUCGACUUCACUGCUAAAGGAGCUCUGAGCACGAGCGAGAUCCGGAGGACCGAGGAGAUGGCCUGCACCCUGAUCAGAGAGGCUAAGCCGGUGUUCGCCAUGGACGCUCCUCUGGCCGAGGCCAAGGCCAUCCAGGGUCUGCGUGCUGUGUUCGAUGAGACCUACCCUGACCCGGUCCGAGUCGUUUCCAUCGGGGUCCCCGUCCAGGAGCUGCUGGACGACCCCAACAGUCCUGCAGGGUCCUUCACCUCCAUCGAGUUCUGUGGUGGAACACACCUGCAGAACUCGGGCCACGCUGCUCCGUUUGUCAUCGUGUCAGAGGAGGCCAUCGCUAAGGGGAUCCGCCGCAUCGUGGCUGUGACCGGAACCGAGGCCCAGAAGGCCCAGAGGAAAGCCGACGGCCUGCUCCAGGCUCUGUCCUCUCUGGGAGACCAGGUAAAGCAGCAGACGGCUCCAAACAAAGACCUGCAGAAAGAGAUCGCAGACCUGACCGAGGCGCUGGGUGCUGCCGUCAUCUCUCAGUGGCAGAAGGACGAGAUGAGGGACACCCUGAAGGGUCUGAAGAAGACCAUGGACGACCUGGACCGCAGCUACAAGGCCGACAUUCAGAAGAGAGUUCUGGAGAAGACCAAGGAGGUGAUGGAGCAGAGCCCCAACCAGCCGCUGCUCAUCAUGGAGAUGGAGAGUGGAGCCUCAGCAAAGGCCCUGAACGAGUCCCUGAAGCUGCUGAAGUCCCAGUCUCCUCAGACGGCCACCAUGCUGUUCACCGUGGACCCCGAGGCCGGGAAGAUCACCUGCCUGUGCCAAGUCCCCCAGGAAGUGGCGAGCCGCGGUCUGAAGGCCAGCGAGUGGGUCCAGGAGCUUUGUCCCCUGAUGGACGGGAAAGGAGGCGGGAAGGACCUGUCUGCCCAGGCCACGGGCAGGAACACGCAGUGCCUGCAGGAGGCGCUGCAGGUGGCCAACGACUUUGCUCGACUCAAACUGGGAGAGAACUGAGGUCAGAGCAGCAGCAUCAUGAACUUUACCUUCACUGCAUGGUCAGGAACCUUCCUGUGGCCCCGCCCCUCCAAGUGGCCCCGCCCCCAAGGCACUUUAGGCUCCAUCUGAGGAACAAAUGUUUCCUGUCUGAUGUGACACGCCUGUAAGGUUAGUUUAUUUAGUCUGUCUUCAUGUGUCUGAUGUUUCAUCAGGGUUUAACACUGAGCUGGUUUUAAUGAUCAGAAAUAAAUCUGACUGGAAAACGUCA